AGAGGCAAUUACGGGUUUAGCGGGUCCGAACCCGACGCUGGUGGGACCCAACACCACCAGGAAAGAGCGCGGGAGCCCAUUUCCCGGCCGGCGGGCAACGGUUAACGGCCACGCAAGCGGCCAGAGCGUGCCCGCGAGUAGAAAGCAGAAAACAAGAAAAAGAAACAGAAAAAAACGCAAGGGGGUGGUGUGGGGUCGGAGAGAUAGGAGGAAGACCCGACACAGAACAGAGAGAGAGAAGAAAAAUACGAAAAUAAAAAAAUUAAAUUAAAUUAAAAAAAGCGAGGAGAUUGCGUGCGCGCAUGUGGGACCCGGCGCCUCCAAAGAUGGCCCAGCUGAGGCUCUGAGAGAAGCCGGAAAAGGGCAGAGAGAAAGCGGCAAAUUACAUCUUUUGCUGCCUUCGUCUCCCCACCCCAUCCCUUUCCCCAAUACCCCUCCCUGUCAUUUCCCCCAUCUCUUACUUUUCCUUUCCCCGUUUUACCCCUCCCUUAUGGUUGGAUUAGCUGCUGAUCCGGGGCUCUGAUCGUUAAACAAAACCGCACCUGAUUGGAAUUAGACUCCAAAGAUGAGGGAUUCAGAUACGGUUUCCGUCUGCAGAUGAUCGUGACCAUUGAUUAUCUUUGGCGUGCACGUUGUAGAUACAAUCUGAUUUCACAUUUUCUUCGUAGUUUUUGUUUUGAUGUUGUCGUCGAUACCCCCUCGCAGAUCACGGAUCUGAGAAAAAGGGGGGGUUUUGUUUAAAAUCCUGGCGAUUAGGAGAAGCCCCGUGUUUUCUUUCAGCGGUAAUCACGACCCCAGCUGUAGUAGCAUUCGGCUUCUUCAGCGAUGGUGGGCCGAUGGGACCUCUUCGGGUUCAGGGUCCUAUGCAUUGCCUUGAUGUUCCACUUUCAAAUGGAUGGAUAUCAGUCGAUUAAUCUCGAAGGUUUCGCAUUACUGAAAUUCCGUGCGGGAGUGAAGACCGAUCCUUAUGGCACGUUUACAAAUUGGAAUGCUGGCGACAGCGAUCCUUGCAUGUGGUCUGGCAUUCAUUGCGUGGAUAGUAAUGUACAGAUACUGGACCUAAAAGAGCUUUCUUUGCAAGGGAUAUUGGCCCCAGAGCUUGGGAAACUUAGCCACUUGAGAGCUCUUGUCCUCUCCAAGAACCACUUCUGUGGUGUCAUACCCAAGGAGAUUGCUGGAUUGACAAUGCUGGAGCUAUUAGACUUAAGGGCUAAUGACUUGAGCGGAACAAUUCCAGCAGAGAUAGGCAAUAUGCUUUCACUUAAGUACCUAUUGCUUUGUGACAACAAAUUUCAAGGCAGCAUCCCAACUGACUUUGGGAAACUUAACAUGCUCUUUGAGCGACAAUAUGACCAAAGUUGUAUGACGGAUGUGGCAACUGGAAUUGAUUGCAUAAACCGAGAAGUCAGACACUGCAUCUGGCAGAGCAGCCUGCAACACCUCAAAAAUGCUAACUCUUUCAUCAUCCCGCUGAAACAAAAGCUUCUACAUUUUCUGUCUCCGUUCAAGUUAGGAGAGGAAUUGUUGCAUGGAUGUGGAGAGAAAUGCCAUGAAAGUCUACCAAGCUCAAAAGAACCAUAUAUAGUACAAAACAUAGAGCAUUUACCAAGUCCUGUCCGUCGUAGAAUUCUUCUAGAAUCUAGUAACCUCCCAGCUGCUCCUAUAAGUGGUGCUCCCCCAGUGGAGAUUACGAAUAUCCCAUCUACCGGCAGUGGUUCUUUCCCUGCGAUACCAAACUCUGGUGGGAAUGAUAAGAAGAAACAAUCUCCAGCACCAGCAUCAUCACCUCCUAUACCUGAAAACAAGUCCUCAACUACUGAUUCGCUUCCUAAAUCAACCGAUGCUGGACAAACAUCAGAAAAAGUAUCAGAAAGGUGGAGGUAUGUUUAUGUGGUCCCAGCAGGGGCCCUUCUUCUUACUGUCGCUGCAGCCAUGCUUUGUAUGUGCCGUAGGCCUGGAGGGGCAGCCAUUGGUCCUUGGAAGACUGGAAUAAGUGGUCAGUUGCAGAAGGCAUUUGUAACAGGGGUGCCCAAGCUGAAUCGAGCAGAGCUGGAAACUGCUUGUGAGGAUUUCAGCAACAUCAUCGACACUUAUCCACAUUUCACAUUAUUCAAAGGAACAUUGUCAAGUGGAGUCGAGAUAGCGGUCGCCUCUACCCCAAUUGCAUCUGCCAAAGAUUGGUCAAAACAUUCGGAAAUGCUCUUCAGAACAAAGAUUGAUACAAUGUCAAGGAUUAACCACAAGAACUUUGUCAAUCUUCUUGGCUACUGUGAGGAGGAGGAACCUUUUCUAAGGAUGCUAGUGUUUGAGUAUCCUCCUAGCGGGUCCCUCUUUGAGCGUCUGCAUGCUAAAGAAGUCGAACAUCUUGACUGGACUGCUAGGGUGAGGGCUAUUAUGGGAGUGGCUUACUGUCUCCAAUACAUGCACCAUGAACUGAACCCACCUAUAUGUCAUCCAUGUCUAGAAUCUCGAGGUGUCCUUCUGACAGAAGAUAAUGCUGCCAAGAUUGCAGAGACUGGUAUUUGGAAGGAAAUUGUUAUGAAAGCAAAGAUACCUGACGACACUGACCCCUCCGAAAUGCCGCCUGUGGAACCAGAAAAUGAUGUCUACAAUUUUGGAAUAUUGAUGCUGGAAAUCAUUUCUGGAAAGCUUCCUUAUUCAGAGGAACAAGGUUCCCUUGUAGACUUGGCCACGGAAUACUUGAACGAGAAGCGUAGCAUGAGCUACAUGAUUGACCCCUCCCUGAAAUCCUUCAAGCACAACGAGCUAGAUGCCAUCUGUGAUGUCAUCCAGGAUUGUAUCCAUCAGGAUCCAAGGGAGAGACCGACAAUGAAUGAAGCCAUUGCCAAACUGAGGGAAGUCAUCACGGUUUCACCGGAUGCUGCGACCCCAAAACUCUCUCCGCUUUGGUGGGCAGAGCUCGAGAUCCUCUCAGUGGAAGCUAGCUAGCUUGAAAUCAUUGCCAGCUCUCCGCCUUGUAAGUCCCUCCAUGUUCUUUAAUGCAAUAUAGCAACAUAUCAACUAUGCUGUCACCAACCUCUCACUCUUGCCAUUACCUCCACCGACGUCAGUUCUUUUUAUUCUUUUCUCCACCUAUUCUUUUUCCCCUGAGCCAUGGCAAUAAAGUGCGACCUAAGGUCCCACCAGCGGGUUCCUUCCUCAUCUUAUACCAGAUGUGUAACUUUGAGAGGCCGGCAUGUGGAAAAGAACUAUAUAAGUACUUGUAUCUCAGUCUGUCUGCAAAUGACCAUUUCAACCUGUAACCAUUUUAUAAUAGGCUGUUUGGGGCUGUAAAUUCUUUCCAAAUUCUGUGAAGUUUUGCACAUCAUAAUUGGAGUUUUGGUUUUUUGCUAGAA